AUGCACAGGCGGGCAGCUUUGGAACUAUCCCGCCGUCACGGUGUUGAAUGGUCGUGCGCAACCGCCCGCAGAAAUGCUGCUUUCGCUCCGGUAGUAGGCCUGGUGCCUCGACGGCAUUUUCGAGUCUCCCUCCCCCUCUCCGACUCGUCCGAGCCUCCAUCAUCAGGCAACACUGGCGACUCAGGUGCGGGUUCCGCCCCCGCCUUUGCGGGUCCGAAGUUUGGGAAUCGCUGGGGAAGCAAAGCACAGAAACCGCUUGGGCUUAGUCCGGCAGAGCAGGCCAUCCGAGAUGCUCUAGUAGCAAAGCAGCAACAAGAGCAGCAGAGGCAGCAAGAAGAGCAGCGACGACAGCAAGAGGAACAGCAACGAUGGCAGCAAGAGGAGCAGGAACGACAGCAGGUAGCAGAACAGCGAAGGGAGAGACAACAACAACACAGGCUAGAAUCGCGCUUCGGGGCUCGCACGCAAGAGCAGUGGCCAAGCACUAGGUGGCGCGAGGGCGGCUCCAGACAGUUCGGGAAACCUGAUAUUGUUUAUAAGCGGCGUCCGGCUUUCUCCCCUGAAGACAAGGAAAGUUUGUCUCUCCAACCCGACAGGUCACUCGAGGUAAACGUCAACAGGGUACCCAAGCAUGUGCGGUCGACGAGUUGGACCUGUCCGGAUUGUCAGUCAAGGUGUUCCGGUGAGGAUAGCGUCUGCCCGUGUUGCAAAGCAGCCAGACCCAGUCUGGGCGCAAUGCCAAAACGACCUUGGGCUCCACCUCGCUAUCGUCAAAACGAGGAGAAGGCCUUGAAGAUUCGGAAAUUGGUCCAGACUGGUUUGCCCGAAAGAGAUGGUGAAAAGGUUGACAAGCUCGAUCCAAGGGAGGUAGCCUUCCGAGGUUAUAUGGCAAGCAAAGGACAAUAUACUGGCCCACGGCCUGUGUACGACGGCCAAGCCAAUGAAAACAUAGCACCUGGAAAAGAGAGACAAGCGAGAAAAGCAAGGCAAGCGGAACCGAAGCUCGACACAGAAGACACGCAGGCACAGCCAGCCAAACCCAGUGACCCGUGGGCCUGGGAUGCAUCGUCUUUGAAGAAUAUCAAACUACGAGAAGAAGACGAUGAGCUCGACACAAGGCCCAAGCGACGAGACGUCCGCAAGCAACGGGAGACGGGGAGGAAGGAAGAGGAUGAAUUCGACGAGGACGAUGAGGCUGAUCGCCGGAAGCGUCGUGAAGAGCGAAAGCGCUUGAAGAAGGAGAAAGCACGCAAGAAGGAGCUGCAGGCUACCGUCAGCCCAUUAUACCUCCCUGAGUUCAUCAGCGUCAGCAACCUAGCCGAUGUGAUUGGCGUCCGCCCCGCACAAUUUGUCCAGCGGAUGGAGGAGAUGGGCUUCGAGGAUGUCACCUAUGAUCAUGUGCUUGAUGCAGAAACCGCUGGUCUGAUUGCCACCGAAUACAACUACGAGCCCAUCUUUGACAAUGGCGAGCAAGAUUUGACUGCGGCACCGGAGCCGGAAGACAAAUCAAGCUUACCCACUAGGCCCCCGGUCGUGACGAUUAUGGGCCACGUUGACCACGGUAAAACCACCAUCCUAGACUGGCUCCGCAAGUCCUCCGUUGCCGCGUCUGAGCACGGAGGUAUUACGCAGCACAUCGGUGCGUUCUCGGUAGCCAUGCCUUCCGGAAAGACCAUCACCUUCUUGGAUACGCCUGGUCACGCGGCUUUCUUGGAUAUGCGCCGUCGUGGUGCGGACGUGACCGAUAUUGUGGUCCUCGUGGUAGCGGCGGAUGACAGUGUCAAACCCCAAACGAUCGAGGCAAUUAAGCACGCCACCUCUGCCAAUGUCCCUAUCAUUGUUGCUAUGAGCAAGAUGGACAAGGAGGGCGUUAACCCUGACAGGGUCAAGCAGGAUCUUUCUAUGCAUGAGGUGCACGUUGAGGACUUUGGUGGCGACGUGCAAGCAAUUGGUGUGAGUGGUAAGACCGGCCAGGGAAUGCUGGAGCUUGAAGAAGCUAUCGUUACCUUAUCAGAGGUGCUUGACCACCGGGCCGACCCCAACGGCAACGUGGAAGGAUGGGUAGUCGAAGGUACUACAAAGAGCUAUGGCCGGGUGGCUACGAUGCUCAUCCGACGUGGCACGCUACGACCCGGAGAUAUCGUUGUUGCUGGCACUACCUGGGCGCGUGUGCGCACACUCCGGAACGAAGCUGGCCUGGUAGUCCCCGAAGCUACUCCGGGUAUGCCGGUGGAGGUUGAUGGCUGGCGUGAGCAGCCGGAAGCUGGCACCGAGUUCUUGCAAGCUGCUGAUGAGCAGCAUGCUAAGGAAGUCGUGGAAUAUCGAAUGGAAAAGGUCGAAACACACAAGUUGAGUGAAGACAUGGCUGCCAUCAACGAAGCACGUCGUGAAAAACUCGAGAAACGUCGUCAAGGAGAGGCGGGCACCGAGGUUGAAGAGAAACAAUCCGGCCCUAAACCGGUGCAAUUCAUCAUUAAGGCCGACGUCGGUGGCUCUGCGGAGGCUGUCCUGAACUCAGUGACAGCGGUUGGAAACAACGAAGUGUUUGCCAAUGUGCUUCGCUCCGAGGUAGGCCCGAUCAGUGAGUUCGACAUUGAGCACGCAGCCACGGCCGAUGGCCACAUCAUCUCAUUCAACAUGCCUAUCGACCCUGCGAUAUCCCGGAUGGCGGAGAAGCGCGGCGUGAACAUCAUGAACCACAAUGUCAUCUACAAACUUGUCGACGAGGUCAAGAUCACACUGAGUGAGCAUCUGGCGCCGAACGUCAGCCAGCGUGUGACGGGAGAAGCCGAGAUCGGGCAGAUCUUCGAGAUUACGCUCAAGGGCCGUAACAAGACGUCCAUUGCCGGAUGCAAGGUGCGCAAUGGAAUGAUCAACCGGGCCAAGAAGGUCCGCGUUCUCCGCGGCCAGGAGACAAUCUACGACGGCUCGAUCACCUCCCUGAAGAACGUCAAGAAGGACGUGACGGAGAUGCGCAAAGACACGGAAUGUGGUAUUGGCUUCGAGGGCUGGACCGACUUUGCGGUUGGCGACCACAUCCAGUGCUACGAGGAGAUUUACGAGAAGCGAUACCUCUAA